AUGCCAACCUAUGCAAAGUUCAUGAAGGAUAUUGUAUCUGGGAGGAAGAGAUUGAGUGAGGUGAAUGAAAGAAUUAUGAUGACAGAGGAGUGUAGUGCAAUUGUCCAGAGAAAACUCCCCCAAAAGUUGAAAGAUCCUGGGAGUUUCACCAUUCCUGUUGACAUUGAAGGUUUGCUUGGGGCUAAGGCCUUAUGUGACUUGGGGGCUAGCAUCAAUCUGAUGCCGCUCUCCAUGUUUAAAAAGUUGAAUAUGGGUGAGGCCACUCCUACCUUGAUGUCUUUGCAAUUGGCGGACAGGUCCAUUAAGCACCCAUAUGGGACUGCUGAAGAUGUUUUGGUAAGGGUGGACAAAUUUAUCUUUUAUGUUGAUUUUGUGAUUCUGGACAUUGAAGAGGACUCUAGAGUUCCUCUAAUUUUGGGGAGACCUUUCUUGGCAACCGGUAAUGCAAAAAUCAAUGUUGCCAAGGGUCUUUUGUCCUUGAAAGUUGGUGAUGAAAAGGUAAAGCUUUCUGUUUUUAGAACAUUGAAGCAUCCUAACUGUGAGGAUGUGUUUAGCUGUGAAGUGAUUGAUGAAUCUGUUUGUGAAGAGUUUGCUAAGAUUUAA